GAUUUCAUCACCUACCCAUUUCAAGCUACACGUAGUAUUCAGCUUCAUUAUUAUCAUAAGGAUGAGGUCUAAAUCCCAACUCGUCGAUUUCAACCAGCUCCCUUCCUUCCUCGACUACUCUGCCCACUUCUCUUUUUGGCUCUCCAACGGCUUUCAAAGGUCAAUUUGAUUUCAUCACCUACCCAUUUGAAGCUACACGUAGUAUUCAGCUUCAUUAUUAUCAUAACGACGAGGUCAGUUAAGUUUGCUUUCAUCACAUAUCCCUCCCGUCUCAAACCCUCUAUAAAUUGUGUUGAGAUGGCUCACUACAGCAGUCGAAAAUUUUCAAGUCAAAAUUGUGUGUGAUGGCUGGUGUCACUGAUGAAAUCAAUUGUCGGUUUAAGCUGACUGUAACAUUUACACUAGAGACUGGGAAUUUUUCCAACUAUAGUCAGGUGGAGAACAGGAUCAGGAGACUCUACCAUUUCCUCCAAAAUCCAGACCUGCGAACAAGAGGUCAGGCAACAAAUGCGGUGCUGAGGCAACAGAACAUAGAGAUCAAGGCCAUGAUGAGAGGUGGACUUACUCAGCAUCUAUAUGAUGGGAAGCUUCAUGACAUGGUUGAUAGUGACAACAACUUAACAUGGAGUGAAUUCCAGGUGGAGCCCGUUAAUUUCGAGGUGUGCUCCACUGACAAAGACGAAGACGAGACCUGAAGAUAGAGCGUUCCUUAUUUCGUUGUUUCUCGUCGUGGGUGUGUGUCCGUUGUUUCGUAAUUUCUCUCGUUGAGUGUGUGCUAGCGUCGUGUUCGUAGGGGUUGUGUUAGCGAGGCCUCGUGCCUUGAGUUAUUUCCCUAAUUAGCCAGCCUUUAUUUCCCUAAUUAGCCAGCCUUUUCCCAAGGAUGGCCCAGCAAUUGUUAAUGAAUGAAGCCCUAGUGGGUGCAUUAAGGGUACUAUUUAUUUACAUUUACAAUACAGGGAAGUUGUUAAGGUUCAACGAUGAUGCUCAAAUAUUGGCUAUAUAUAUGAAGAAAAU